AUGGCGUCCUCUCCGCUGCUCGUGGCGCUUGUGAUGGUCUCGGCGUGCUUCCUGGCCGUAUCCGGCCAGAAGUUCAACGCCAUCUACAGCUUCGGCGACUCCAUGUCCGACACCGGCAACCUCUGCGUCAACGGGCCCCCCGCCGGCCUCACCCUCACCCAGCCCCCCUACGGCGAGACCUUCUUCGGCCGCGCCACCUGCCGCUGCUCCGACGGCCGCCUCGUCGUCGACUUCCUCGCCGAGAAGUUCGGGCUGCCGCUGCUGAAGCCGUCGAAGCAGGGCGGCGCGAACUUCAAGCAGGGCGCCAACAUGGCCAUCAUCGGCGCCACCGCCAUGGGCUCCAGCUUCUUCCAGUCACUCGGCGUCGGCGACAAGAUCUGGAACAACGGGCCCCUCGACAGCCAGAUCCAGUGGUUCCAGAACCUCCUCCCCUCCGUCUGCGGCUCAUCGUGCAAGACGUACCUGUCCAAGUCCCUGUUCGUGCUGGGCGAGCUGGGCGGGAACGACUACAACGCGCAGCUCUUCGGCGGCUACACGCCGGAGCAGGCGGCCGGGCAGAGCCCCACCAUCGUGGACGCCAUCGGCGCCGGCGCCGAGAAGCUCAUCGGGCUGGGCGCCAUGUACGUCGUUAUCCCCGGGGUGCUCCCCGUCGGCUGCUUCCCCAUCUACCUCACGCUCUACCAGACCUCCAACGCCGGCGACUACGACCAGUACGGCUGCCUCAAGCGGUUCAACGCGCUGUCGGCCCGACACAACUCGCUGCUCCAGAGCAAGGUGAGCAGCCUGCAGAGCAAGUACCCCUACGCCAAGAUCAUGUACGCCGACUUCUACUCCCACGUCUUCGACAUGGUCAAGAGCCCCACCAGCUACGGUACAGCUGAGUGUUUGUUUGCUUGUACAGGGUUCAGCACGAACCUGAGGGCGUGCUGCGGCGCCGGCGGCGGCAAGUACAACUACCAGAACGGCGCCAGGUGCGGCAUGUCCGGCGCGUCGGCGUGCGGCAACCCGUCGUCGUCGCUGAGCUGGGACGGGAUCCACCUGACGGAGGCGGCCUACAAGAAGAUUGCCGACGGCUGGGUCAACGGGCCCUACUGCCACCCGGCCAUCCUCUCCUAG